UCGGCCGGGCAUCAUCAUCAUCUUCAGUGUAUUUUGUCCCAAACAAAGUAGGACUCCAGCCGCAGGGGCUGAAUGACACAAACAGACUGAGUCGGUUUUCCUUUGUCGUCUUUUGUUUAAGUAUUUGAUAUCGGUAGAUGAAAUUUAACAGAAAUGGGUCCCGGAUAAAGAAGGAAUAUUCCAGAAACACCGUGGACUACGGGUGGUUUCGAGUGUGGGCAGCAGCGCUGCGGCCCGCUGCCGUGAAGGAGCUUAGCAGCCGGGAGGAGCAGAAGCCAUUGUGUGCGAGGAGCGGCAUCCAAUUCUCACCAAAUUGAAGCUCCGACCCCAUCCGUUGAUAUCCUUCCUGAUUCAGUUCUGGGAGAGGUCAGACCGUUAUCAUCGCCAAGAUAGCCGGGCCAGGAAGGAAGAGGCACACCUCAGAUCCAGACCCCAGCAGCGGUAGUGAUUCCGGCGACGGGCAGCCUGUUAGUGCCAAGUGCCUGAAAAUGGCCAGCAGCGGUAGUAGUGGUGUGGCCGGUAGUGAGACAGCGGGCCGUCGUGGUGGGGCUCAACAAAGAGGAGGCAGUGGAAGGGACAACAGUUCAGACCUGUCUUCUAGUACCAGUAAGAAGAAACAGAAGGACAGAGCAAAUCAGGAGAGUCAAGAGGCCAAGAGGGCAGCAGCUGCAGCUUUAGACGGGGUUAUUGCAGAAGUCAAGAAAGAUGUGUUUAUGGACUGGAAGCAAAAUGUCAAUGAAGUGACGGUCAGACUGCGCUGUGGAGAGGGGGUGCAGAGGACAGAGGAUAUCAACACAACUUUCACCGAUACACACUGCCAUGUGUCUUUCCCAGAUGGACGUGAGUGGAGAUGCCAGUUGCAGGAGGAAAUUGAGGCCUCAUGUAGCAGAGUUCAAUACAAAGAGAAGGGAGGUUUCGUGCUUGUCAUCAUGCAGAAGAAGAUUCCUUUUCACAUCUGGCCUUCACUUAAAUCCAACAAGAAGGAGAAGGAGGCAGUAACCACAGAGACCAAAAAUGACAAGGAGCCUGAGAUGAAGACUGUUGCCUUGGAUUCAUCAGAGAUGCCCAAACUGUCAGCCUCACAGCCUUCCCCCUCACAUGCAUACAGUGAGUCAAGACGCAGUGGUGGCAAAGCUGUCAAGCGCUGCCUUAAAAACAAACCAGCGAGUGACAAGGCAGCUACAGACUCUUCAGGAGUGAAAGGUGGAACUGGAGAUAGCCCAGCCACAACUGGCAAGCCUAUUACAGUCACAAGAAGCGAGCAGCAGCAGCAGCAGGAGCCCAGUGCUAAGCGCACUGUUGUACGGGUGCCCAAGAACACCAAGGAGGAGGCUGCUUCACCAGCAGACAGGGACACAAAAUCUGUCAAGUCUACAGUAGCCAAUGGUAAAGCUCCACAUACUCACCUGCCCGCUGGUCGGAGCCCACAAACACAACGCAGAGAUGGAGAUAACAGAUCUCAGAGACUAGACAGUGAUCAGGAUCAAAAACCAGGAGUUACAGUUGCUGCUCCUGCCAGCCAUACCAACAAAACUCAGGUGGCAGAGAAACAAAACCAGUCUUCUGACAGGUCUGCAGCAACAGCACAUGGCAACGAUAGCCAACCAGCAGAACCCGCCAACACCAGCGACCGCCUCAAACCUGUAAGCUUCAACAACAAAGUAAACUCUCCUGAAAUGCUGGAAGAUAAAAGUGACUCUGAGCCAGAGAAAAAGCCUGCUGAGCAGGUAUCGGAGCAGGAUACUCUGAUCCACCAGCAGCCUCCCUCUAGUGAAACGGGUUCAGUACCAGCUGUUGGUUUGACUCCCAAACGAGAAGAGCCACCCAGUUUAGUCCAGAAGCAUGGCAGCUUUGACGGAGAAGAGAAGCGGGACCAGUCAAAGGAGGAGCCUCUUCUGGAAAUAAAGCAACAGGAAGCCCCUGAGCCAAUGGUCAACCUGCAAUUCGUGAAGAAUGAUUCGUAUGAGAAGGGCACAGACUUGAUGGUGGUGAAUGUUUACAUGAAGGGGAUCUGCAGGGACACAGCCAGGGUCAUCUUCAGGGAACAGGACUUCACUCUCAUAUUCCAGACUAGUGAUGCUAGCUUUCUGCGGCUCCAUUCAGACUGUGGACCAAACACAGUCUUCAAGUGGCAAGUCAAACUCAGGAAUCUUAUCCAGCCUGAGCAGUGCAGCUACUGCUUCACCCCGUCCCGGCUGGACAUCACCCUGAAAAAGAGGCACAGCCAGCGCUGGGGGGGUCUGGAGGCUCCAGCCACACAAGGUGCAGUGGGUGGUGCAAAAGUUGCCGUGCCCUCCAGUCCUGCCUGCUUGGAGAAGAGCCAGCCGGGAAGCAGCCAGCAUAGCCUGCCAGCCAAAGAGGAGCCUCCAAGGGUUGGGGAGGAGAAACCCAAAACCCCUAAGGCCUCAUCUAGGGUGGAGGAUGGCGGUCUUGAUGCGGUGGCUCCUCGUUCUGUCUCUGAGCAUGUUUCUAUCACCAAGCCAGAGCCCACUGUUACCACGCCUAAACCUACCUGCAUGGUGCAGCCCAUGACCCAUGCACCUCUUGCAAGCAAUGAGCGCCAUGAAGAAGAGGAGGAAAAGAAGGUGUGCCUGCCUGGCUUCACAGGAUUGGUCAACCUAGGAAACACCUGUUUCAUGAACAGUGUCAUCCAGUCCCUGUCUAACACAAGAGAACUCAGGGAUUAUUUCCACGAUCGAGCUUUUGAGGCAGAAAUUAACUGCAAUAACCCGCUUGGAACAGGAGGCAGGCUAGCCAUUGGCUUUGCUGUGCUGCUCAGGGCCCUCUGGAAAGGAACACAUCAUGCCUUUCAACCCUCAAAACUCAAGGCGAUUGUGGCCAGCAAAGCCAGCCAGUUUACAGGCUAUGCCCAGCAUGAUGCUCAGGAGUUCAUGGCCUUUUUGCUGGAUGGGCUCCACGAAGACUUGAAUCGCAUCCAGAAUAAACCUUACACAGAGACGGUUGAUUCUGACGGACGGCUGGAUGAGGUGGUGGCAGAGGAGGCAUGGCAGAGGCACAAAAUGAGAAAUGACUCCUUUAUAGUGGACCUCUUUCAGGGCCAGUUCAAAUCCAAGCUUGUGUGUCCUACAUGCUCCAAGGUGUCAAUCACCUUUGACCCUUUCCUCUACCUUCCCGUGCCGUUGCCUCAGAAACAAAAGGUGCUCUCAGUUUUCUACUUUGCCAAGGAACCUCAUAAAAAACCAAUCAAGUUCUUGGUGAGUGUGAGCAAGGAGAACUCAAGUACAGCUGAAGUCCUUGAAUCCAUUUCCAGGAGUGUCCGAGUCAAACCAGAAAACCUCAGACUGGCAGAGGUAGGGAAGAACCGCUUCCACCGCAUGUUCCUGCCAUCCCACUCCCUGGACACGGUGUCCUCCUCUGACAUGCUGUUCUGUUUUGAGGUGCUUUCCAAAGACAUGGCCAAAGAGAGAGUCGUAUUGCUUAAAGUGCAGCAGAGACUACAAGUCCCUAAUAUUCCCAUCUCAAAGUGUGCUGCUUGCCUGAAGCCUCCAGUGUCUGAGGAAGACAAGCUGAAGCGUUGCACUCGCUGCUAUCGUGUGGGCUACUGCAAUCAAGCAUGUCAGAGGACCCACUGGUCCAACCACAAAGCUCUGUGUCGACCUAACACUGAGAAAGUGGGCCUGCCAUUCCUGGUCAGCAUACCGGAGUCUCGUCUGUCCUAUGCCCGCCUCACCCAGCUGUUAGAAGGUUACUCCAGGUUUUCUGUCAACGUGUUCCAGCCUCCUUUCCAGUCAGGCAGGACGUCCCCUGAAAUGAGCCGGGACCUUCCCCCGAUGCCAGCAGGCUCCCCUGAGAGUCCUGGGCCUGGGGCUGAAGCCAUGAGUGACAGCUUUACUGUGGGAUCAGCUGAUCAGGAGCUGGAAAGCCCCUCCCUGCUGCCUGAGUCUCAGGAUGAGUGUGCCCAGGCCUCAUCCCUUCACUCUGCUGAGUCAGAAUCCCUCUCCUCCUCUCAGACGUCACUCUCCACCACACGCACCACAGAUUCAGGAUUUUCUGAGCCUGUGUCCUCCUCCUCCUCCUACUGCUGCUCUCUGGACCCUCAUGCUGAAAAAGAGACUUCUUGUGAGAAGGCUGUGCGGCCUGAAGCUGCAGUAACAGGGUAUCAGCAUCCAAGUGAGUCAGCAUCAGGUCAUGCCAGUCAGUUCUACAUCGCCAUGCUGGACUCAAACAACAAGGAACUGAGGCUGGAUGAGAAAGAGGAUGCACUGGAAACACUUCCUGAAGAUGUAACCCUGGAGCUGGUGUGGAAAAACAAUGAGCGUCUGAAGGAGUAUGUUUUGGUGAGCUCUAAGGAGCUGGAAUACGAGGAGGACCCUGGCUCUCUAAGUGAGACAGUCAGAGCAGGACAUUUCACCCUGGAGCAGUGCCUCAACCUCUUCACAAAGCCAGAGGUUCUGGCACCAGAGGAGGCUUGGUACUGUCCAAAGUGCCAGCAGCACCGAGAGGCCUCCAAACAGCUGCUGCUGUGGCGUCUGCCAAAUGUUUUGAUCAUUCAGCUCAAACGCUUCUCCUUCAGGAGCUUCAUUUGGAGGGAUAAGAUCAAUGACAUGGUUGACUUUCCUGUCAGGAAUCUGGAUUUGAGCAAGUUCUGUAUUGGCCAGAAGGAUGAAAUGCAACAGCCCCCCAUUUACGAUUUAUAUGCAGUCAUUAAUCACUAUGGAGGAAUGAUAGGUGGCCACUACACAGCAUACGCUCGCCUGCCAAGUGACAAGAACAGCCAGCGCAGUGAUGUUGGCUGGCGUCUCUUUGAUGACAGCACUGUGACAAUGGUGGAGGAGAGUCAGGUGGUGACUCGUUACGCCUACGUCCUGUUCUACCGACGACGAAACUCCCCAGUGGAGAGGCCGCCUCGCUUCCUCAGGCCUGUAGGAGCUGAAUCGCCCACUGCUGCUGGAGCGACUGCCAGCCAGGCCUCUCUAAUAUGGCGGGAACUCGAAGAAGAAGAUGAGGGGCUCGCCGAGAGCCCCCCAGGACUGUUCCGUUCUGUGCUGCGAAGGGGACAAACAGCGAGGAACAGAGAUGAGAAUGAGGAAAAUGAAGAAAGAACUGAAGGGUCGGUGCGACAGCACCGCAGGCGGAGGAUGGCAGACUAUCCCGACGAUGACUGUGUGCGAUACUUUGUUCUAGGCACCCUGGCAGCUAUGUUUGCUCUGUUUGUUAAUUUGGUCUACCCUCUGUUGAACAAAUCAAACUGGACCUGAGAGUGGUUUCUCUGGCCUGAAUAGUCUAGAAAUAUGAAUGUGAAGAUGGUCUGAACAGUUGGAAGCUUAGUAACUUGUAAUUUAGAUCUGAGGACUUGAAGAUAUGAAUUCUAUACUUGUAAGAUGAAUAAAACCUUAAAAUACUCCCUUUAAGAUAAGAAGACAAGGUUAAACAACAGGAAUAAUGUACCCUCAUAAAUAAACCUUGUAGUUUAAAUUGCAGAAAAGUAAAAGCAUUGUAUUUUCUGUUAACUUUUCACAACAUUGCCUUUGUAGUAACUGUAUUUUUGUGUUAUUGUGCUUUUAAACAUAUUUAUAGUUUUAGUGCUACAUUAAAAAAAAUUGUCUCACAUUGUAGAGCUAUAUUUAAAAUUAAAGUCAAUUCUUGAGCUUUUUAAAUUACUGGUAGUAGCUACUCCAGAACACUUAAAUGAGAUUCUGAUCUCAGCGAGUUUUUCUGGGUUAAACAAAUUCAAAUAGACCUAAGAAAAAAAGAGGAAGGCCAUGACGAUGUUUAAAGUUCUCAGAGGAAGCUUGUCCUUUUUAAGCUACGUUUUAAUCAGAGAAAUAAUAGAGUAAUAUUUUGAACACGUAUAAGCAGAUGGGUAUAACAAAAUGCAAAAAAAGACAAACACUAGGGCUGCAGAUAAAGCCAUUUAUGAAGAUCUUUUGUUUUUAUUGCACUACAUUUUUAAGAUAAAAAUAUUCAUGAGCUACUCACUUUAAAUUAUGUAUAAUGAAGCUAAUAGAAGACUUUUAUUUUGUGACCAAUCACUAGAGUCUUUUUAUAAUCAUAAAAACGAUAUAGAUUAUUAAUGGGCCUUAACAUUUCUCUCCAGGCAAUGGCGUGUAUGACUGGCUUUUUUCUGUUAAAUGUUCUGUAGUCCACUGUAAUAAUUCUUUUUUUAUUCAUGAUGUUUGUGUGUUGUUGUUUUUGAAAGUUUGUUUUAAUUGCUAAAAUUAGGCUACUGUAGACACAGGUUUGUCUUAGCCGAGGUUAAAUUUACUGUUUACCUUUAAGAAAUUAAUUAAUGAAGUCUGAUCAAUAUCUGAAUGUAACAAUGUCACUUUUUUACACUGUAUCUGAAGUAAAGAAAACAAAUGGUUGAUUGCGGACAGUUUUGAGUCUUUAGAUUUAAAUUAAACAACAGUGUCAUACUAAGUGAAAUCCUUCUGCACAGUAAAAACACUUAAAUAUUGUCUGAAUGCAAUGAUAAAGAAAAACUGUAGAACACACUCUAAACAAUAAAAGCCUUAUAAAUUAAAGAUGAUAUUCUUAUUGGUACGAAUAAUAGCUUGCAAAAUUAAAGUUUUUUACUUUUUUAGUCUUUUCUGACUCCAAGCUGUCCACAGAUCAGCUCUUUACUCUGCUGCUGCUGUGAUUGUGAGUGUUUGUGGGUCUCAGGGAAAUCCCAGUGCUCUUCUGGUAUCGAGGCAGUGUACAGAGUCCUAUGAUUGCCUUAAAUGCCUCAUCAUUGCAUCAAUUAGAGUACUGUCUGACUGUGAAAACUUGACUCAGAUAUAUGCAAAGCUACAUUCUGUAUAGUUUUUAAAUGCUUUGUGAAGCUUUAGUUAAACGCACUACUUUGAAGUGUCGUGUGAAAUCUCAGUGCACAACAUAAACAAAUGGAUGAAUUUUAACUUAAGAGGGUUUUCAGCACAUGCUUUGCAGAUUUUAAUGUCUGAAUGCUGUCUGUUUUUUGUUUAAUGGACUGGACAGAAGGAUGUAAAUAUGUAUGUGUGUGUAGUCUGAUGUAAAAUGUAAAUUGGAAAAAAAAAUUAAGGUUUAAGUUUGCUAAUGUCUAAAGAAUAAAUCAAGUACUGUAUUUAAAAGAGAAUCAGAACCUAAUUUAAUAUUUUAGCAAUAAUGUAUGUAGAUACUUCAAUUCAGAAGCUGCUUUCUACUAUAUAAAGCAAUGUACUCUUUUUGGAAAUAAAAUCUCCAUCUCUUUACCUUUUUUGGUAUGCUUUCAUUAGCCAUGUCUUCACCAUUUUAUUCAUAAUCCCAGGAUACUAAACCAGCA